GUUAACCUGGGAAAUGCGAUGCAUGCAUGCUGUGCUAAAAGUAAGAUUGAGACCAGUAAACAACUGGAGUAGCAACUGUGCAGUGCUUAUAAUCUGCCUAUAAAUCAAGCCUUUCUUCUCGUCCCACUACUCGUCAAUCAAAGCAAUCCUCAGCAAAGAUGGCUCCUCCUUCUUCUCCCCGCGUCUCUCUUAGCGGCGCCGCCUUGCUGGCCAUGGCGUGCCUUCUUCUCCACGGCGGGGCGGCGGCGGCGGCGGGGGAGCUGUGCGCGGACUACUACGACUGCACGUGCCCGGACGCGUACAAGAUCGUGCAGGGGGUCCUGAUCGAGGCCCACAGGUCGGACCCUCGCAUCUUCGCCAGCCUCAUCCGGCUGCACUUCCACGACUGCUUCGUGCAGGGCUGCGACGCGUCCUUGCUCCUGGACAGCUUUCCCGGGAUGCAGUCCGAGAAGGACGCCAGGCCCAACAACAACUCGGCCCGUGGGUUCCCCGUCGUCGACGCCGCCAAGGCCGCCCUCGAGGACGCCUGCCCCGGCGUCGUCUCCUGCGCCGACAUCCUCGCCCUCGCCGCCGAGAUCUCCGUCCAGCUCUCCGGAGGCCCCGGGUGGAGCGUGCUGCUGGGGAGGCUGGACGGCAAGACCACCGACUUCAACGGCGCCCAGAACCUCCCGGGACCGUUCGAUGGCCUGCCGAUGCUCAAGAGAAAGUUCCGGGACGUCGGCCUCGACGAUACUACCGACCUCGUCGCCCUCUCAGGUGGCCACACUUUCGGCCGUGUGCAAUGCCAGUUCGUCACGGGCCGGCUGUACAACUUCAGCAACACGAACAUGCCCGACCCGACCCUGGACUCGCGCUACCGAGCGUUCCUAUCUCAGAGAUGCCCAAGGAACGGUCCUGCGGCCUCUCUGAACGACCUCGACCCGACAACACCGGACGCCUUCGACAACCACUACUUCACCAACCUGGAAGUGAACCGUGGGUUCCUUCAGUCCGACCAGGAGCUCAAGUCCGACCCCGGGGCGCUGACCACCACGGCGCCCAUCGUCGACCGGUUCGCGAGCAGCCAGGAGGCCUUCUUCAGGAGCUUCGCUCUGUCCAUGAUCAAGAUGGGGAACAUCCAGCCGCUGACUGACCCGUCAAAAGGAGAAGUCCGGGCACACUGCGCCAGGGUCAAUGCAAGUUAGGGAUCGAGAUGAGUGACUACCGGACACGUGUGGUCGUGUGGAUAUAUGUGUGUCUGUAUUCAUGGAUGUAAGGAUGAAUUUAUCUCUUACUGUCCAGUUUAAUAAUUGGUAGACAUACCGACCAAUGUAAUUAAACAUUUUAUGCCCUGCUUGUUCUUGAUCGGAUAUGCUAUGAAGAUGGGAACCGUUUUGUUUCCCCGCCCGCUUUCGUA